AUGUUUAGUAUUGGUGGUAGGGUUCUCACAUCUCAUAGGAGUUCCUUAGCUCCAGAACUUAUUGAAGCAUUGCUUUGUUUGGGUGAUUGGCUGCCAGAUCUUAGUCUCAGUGACAGUGGUAGUUGUAUUACACGUCUCAAGGCUAUAGUUGAUCAAGAUAUUGAACUAAGUACGGAUGAGCGUAAUGCUUUGGAGAUAGGAAUACAAAUGGAACAGGAUUUAAAAAGAUUUGUUCAAGGCAUAAGUUCAGGACUAAGGAGGAAUGCAUUUACAGAUGCAGUUGGCAGUGGAGAUGGAGGAAUGCAUUUGCAGUUGCUGCCUGCAACACAUGGAGAUGGAGUUCCUUUGUCUUUUAUUUUGCAAGAACGUGGUUUUUUCUUUGCUGGAACAUCUGAACGUGGUUUUUAUUUUGCUAGAACAUCUGAAGAACAUCGACAUAUCGAUAUGGGUAAAGCCGAGGACAGGAUCAGCAACUUACCUGACUCACUUCUUCACCACAUAUUAUCGUUCGUUGAAACCAAGAUUGUUGCUCGUACUAGCGUAUUAUCCCACCGAUGGAAAUAUAUUUGGAUCUGUAUCCCCAACCUUGAAAUUGAAUGUGAUGUCAAGAAUACCGAUAGAUUCAUGAAUUUUGUGGAUGGGACAUUGAAUCGCCAUUCUUUGUCAAAUUGUAUACAAAAGUUGUGUCUCAAAUCAUGCUUCCACUUGCCUGAAUCUCACGUGAUUUCAUGCAUCUCCAAUGUAGUAAAGAAAAAUAACCUAAAAGAACUCAGUUUAUUCUUAUUCCAGAAGAAACCCUUGUGCAUUCCGCAAUCUGUUUUUAAUUGUGCAUCACUGGUAUCUUUGGAGCUGCGAAUAUACCCUCACAUCCAUUUUCCUGAUGAUAUCACAUUCCCGCGACUCAAGCGUCUUCGACUUAGGGAUUUGAAGCUUAACAAUGACUGUUGGAAUGACAAACUUUUUAUCAAUUCCCCUAUCCUUGAAGAAUUGUAUCUAGACAGCUGCGCUUUUCUUGUGCCGAGUUUCUGUAUUGCAAUUUCUACACUUAAGAUUUUGAAAAUUAAUGAUGCGAAUGGUAUGCAACACUGUGCUCUCAAUAUUCAUGCACCAAGUCUUUUGAGUUUAUUCUACAAUGGGCCUGUUGCAAAGGAAUAUGUCUUGUCUAGUUUUGUUUCAUUAAUGGAAGCAGUUGUUCAAGUUCCUGGUACAUUGGGGGAAAGUUCUACAAAUGAAGCAUUAAGUCAAAUUUUUCGAGCCCUUGCACAUGUAAAAUGUCUAACUGUUAAUGUUCCACCCUCAGAGGAGGACAAUCUGUUAACGAAUUUGCCAACAUAUCAUAAUCUCAAACACUUGAAAGUAACUGGGGUACCACAUGACUCUGAUGUAAGAGUAAUUGCUUUGCUCAAAGUAACACCCAGUCUGGAGUCACUAGUAAUUGAAAAGAAGGCGUAUUUUCGACUUACAACUGUUGACAACCAAGGCAAUGAAGACGAUGGUUGGACAUCACUUGAUAGGGGAUGUUUAUUUCAACACCUUAAAACAUUCUGCUUCAUUCCUUUAUCUUGGGGUCCAAGGGAGAUAAGCUGUGUGAAAGUAAUUUUGAGGAACGCCAAAGCUUUGCAAUCCUUCACUAUCUACAGUCAUUCCUCUGGAUGGCCUCUAACUGAGAUAGAACAACAACGUCCUAUGGUGCGGAUAAAAAGUUUUCAAAGAGCUUCUGAAAGUUGCUCGUUUAAAUUCUGCUCUUGA